AUCGCCAGCUGGUACUGCAUGAUAUUCUUGUUCUUAUUUCCUGGAACUGCAUAAUAUUCUUGUUUCUCCCCAGAAAACAGUAUUUGUGCUGUUUAAAGGAAUAGUGAAGGUCAGAAACAAUAAUCAGCACAUUUCUGCUCUUUGUGUGCUACAGAUUUUUGUCUGUGUGAUAUAUAUCACCGGUGAUCCAGCACAAGGAAGCUAUGGCUUUACGGCAUGCUGAUAUAAUGACUGUUUCUACUACAGGAGCAUCAGCUCAAACCGCAGGAUAUGACAACCUUUCCUUUUCAGGUGUGAAAGCAUCUCAACAUAUGGCAGACAAUGAUCUCCGAAACCUGAAUCGUUAUAAAUCAAAAAUUCUAACGGUUGCUAGAAGGUAUAGAGUGGAUCCAGCUCUGCUUGGUGGAAUAACUUCUCGUGAGACCCGUGGUGGUGGUUAUCAUCACAAUGGAUGGGGUGACAAUGGGAAUGGAUUUGGUCUAAUGCAGGUUGACAAAAGAUAUCACCAGCUUUGUGGAUCAUGGGACAGUGAAGAACAUCUUAAUCAGGCCACAGGGAUAUUGAUUUACAUGAUGGAAAGCAUUGAUAAAAAAUUCCCACACUGGAACUCCCAGCAACGUCUCAAAGGUGCUCUUGCAGCUUAUAACGCUGGUCCUAACAAAGUGGUGGAUGAAAAUAUAGACAAACACACUACAGGACAAGACUAUGCCAAUGAUGUUAUUGCUAGGGCACAGUAUUUUAAGCAUCAUGGAUAUUAAUUAAAAAAUGGAGAUCUCUCCUCUGAGCAGUUCUCAAGAUAACACAUUGAGGGCCAGAUUAUGAGUGGAGCACUAAAAGUUAUGCGCAAGCAAAACGUGUUUAUCACGGGGGUUUGUGCGCAUCGGGUUUACCACUCGUAUUACAAGUUGAAAGUAAAUGUGAUCGCUUGAGCGCAAUAGUGAUUUACCCUAGAAUAAUUACCAUAUCUGUACUUACUCUUAUCGGAUCAGCCCACAUUAUUAUAUACAGGAUUACAUAAACAAACAGUAUUAAUAAUGAAAUGAGAGUUCUGGAUCAACAUAUAAACCGACAUAUUGUGUACUUAUAUACAAAAAAGCUACAUUUGGGUUAUGGCAUUCAAGCGUUCUAGCUAGAUAGUGAUGCAAAGCAUAAGCACAUAUAACAGGCUCUCUUGUUAUUACACUAAAUAAAUAUUGUGCAAUAUAUAUAGCAUCAUAAUAAAACACUUAAGGAGAUUUACACAUUGCUGUGUCAAGACCUGAUGGAGCCAUAACCAUCUGUAUUUGCAGCAUAUCCCGUAAUUUCAUGACCCAAGAAAUAGGUAGAAACAUAUGCCCAUAUCAACAUAAGAGUUCUGAGGACUUAGAUACCCAUAAGAGUCCAUAAUAGUAAUAAACAAAUCAAAUCUUUAUUGUAGUCUUCAUCCCCAUAAUUCUUUUAUUGUCUGGCACUAGUUUAACAAUUGCAGCACACAUGAACAGCACUACUAUUCAGUCACCUUGGGGACAUAAUGUCCAGAAAUGUAGUCUUGAUUGUAGUAUCCUUCCUCAGAAAGCACUCAACUAUCGAUAGCAGCAAGCAUAAUCAACACUGCUAUUCAAUGCCCUUGGGGACACAGUGUCCAGAGCAAAAAUCCAACAUGCUUCCAACUUGAGAAGCGAUUUUCCUCUAUCUCCCCCUCGUUUCAGGGGUGGGAGAUGAUCAAUUAGCAUAGUUCUUAGUGAGGAGAUCGAGUGUCCAGCCUGAACAAAGUGCCUUGCUACAGGUUAGUCCGAAUCUCCUUUGUCAAUAGUCAGGCGGAUAGCCGACUUAUGGUUUGCAAGUCUUUCUCUAAUUGAAGUUGUCAUUUUACCGUUAUAGCAAAGGGAACACGGACAGAUCAACAUAUAUAUAUAACGUAUUCCAAUUAUACUGGACUUGUGUGUGUGUGUGUGUAUAUA